AUGCGAUCUGGAAUGGAGAAUUUGAUAUUUUGGAAUAAGAAAUUUGGAUUUACCAAACUAAAUUUGUACCAUACCGGAGGAAAGUUAAGAUACUUCAACAGAGAAAAUCUGAAAAACGACAAAACAUCAACAAAAACAUCAACAUCAAACAGCAGCAUAAUUAGCAACCAGCAAAACAACAACAAAAACGUCGGAAUCUCCCUCUGUGGAACUUUGGAUGACUACUGCCACCAUGACCCGAAAAUCAACAACGAGGCCCUACGGUGUUGCUCCGGGUUCAAAUGUCACUGCCCCACCCUUCGUGGUUGGUGCACCUGCAAGAGGGAAUCCUUUUUCGCCAGAUGGCAAUGA